AUGCCGUCACAAACUUUAUUGCAAUUAUUAUACCUGCUUAUUUAAUGUAAACAGUUAAUUUUUGUACACUAAAUAACAAUUUAGAAUCUGUAUAUGUUUUAUUCAUCUUAUAUAUACUGAGCUAUAUUUCAAAACUAGAUCAUGUGGAUUAGAGGACACGGUUUACGGCCAAGUUGGAAUGACAACAAUGACGAUGAAUUCCAAUUAGAUCCAUCAAAGGAUCAUAACGACAGUAUCCGAGAGAUUCUCACGAAUAUCUGUAAAAAGCAAGGAGUUACAUCGGAGAGACGCCGACUGAGCUAUCUGAAUGCCUUUGUAAAACUUCUCACCAAAUGUGAACAUGAUUAUUCCAAGUUGGGGUUUACUGCUGAAGAAAUUUUAUUUUGCUUGCGGCCAGCCUUGCUGCAUGAUACAACGCAGGUGCGUUCCGGAGGGUUGAGAGCACUGCGGUACAUGCUGCACAGUAAACAUGAGGCGCUGAUAUGCUACAAACUGCAAUACCCGAUCCUGAUAGCCAGGAGCAUGGACCUGAUCACAGGCAAUGACAAUGAGCGAGUGCAGGCCUUGAGAGUGGUGCGUAAACUCAUGUGUCUAGUCGUGGACAACUUCCCCAUCUGUGUGGCCAGGUCGUUAGUCGCCAUCGCCUCAGGGACUGAAGACCGCCUCAUCAACCUCACGCUGGGCGCUCUCGCAGAACUAUGUGUGCUGAAUCCAGACCUGUUGAUAUCAGUAGGCGGAGUGACUACAAUCCUGCGUAGUCUCGCCAGUGUCAAGUCCGCUCGUAUGGCCGAGGCGUUGGUCGGCUCACUCCUCUACUUGCAGAACAAGCCUGAGACUAGGCUACGAGCUGGGCUGAGUCUGGACUGUCUAGCGGCUCCAUACACUGAUCUGCAGUCUUCCGAUAAAACUAAAGAUGGCCAGUCGUCGGAGAGUCUCAAGUGGCCUCACGUUACUCUACUGUCCACCCUUAGGUCAUGGCCGGGGGUGCUGCACUUCUGUCACCCUCUCAAGGACGGUCUGCGCUCUAUAGUGGCCACUCUGUACCUCAAUCAACUGGACGUGCGGAAAGCCGUACUAGAUCUGCUGUACGAAUUGCUAUGUCUGGCUCAACCAGAAUGGAGUGAUGAGAUGAGUGUGGCCUUGGAAGCUGUGGAUCCGUCCAGAUCACAAGAAGCCUUCAAACUGUCGGAGGGAUUUGUUGCGGCCGAGGGAAAAGCCGUACUGCCUCAUCUGUCCAAGUGCAGGGUGAACCUAUCAGAGCUUCACUUGUCUCUGCUGUUGUAUUGUUUUCUAGAGGUGGGUUUACUGGAUGCCAUUGUGGAGGUAAUCAUUGCAGAAGACACGUUCCUCUCUGUACGGGCCACAAUUUUACUAGGUGAAUUGCUUCAUCUAAUACACUUGCUGUUGCCGCCGGAGUGUUGCAAUCUGACCCCCUCACUGCCCAACCUGCUGUCCUACGCUGUCAGAGGUCGGCCCCACUACACUGCACCGGGCUACAUCGACGCACCCGUCACGCCUCAGUCAUCACUGCAGUCGGACAUUGGUGUGGACAUCACUAACAAGAAGGACCUGAUAUCUAGAAUGGGUAUCCGUAGUGGACACAGCUCUGUAAGAACAGUGUCUGAGAGCUCCAACACCGACAGGUUUGCCAGACAAGACGUAACUAUCAACUUGGACAAACGGACAGUAAAUGAAGAAGAAUCUCCAUACAACGCUGAUAGGAAAGAUACUGGUGAUACCAACAGGCGUAAUUCUAAAUCAAGACUGGAUCAAACAUCACACUUAUUGAGAGAUGUCCAUGAGGUUUUGGCUGACAUGACAAACUUAUCCGACGUCAGAAUGCCCACCAGAAGGACAAAACAAAUGUCAACGUCCCUCCCCACAUCGAUGCCUACUAACUCUCCUGAGGCGCCGGCCAGUGUGAGAGCCCAACAGCGAGCGCUGGCCGCAGUGAUGGCGUUGUCACGUCUGCAUCGUCUGCUACGUCUGCGUCCUGCGCCUGCCAGCAUCCAUCUGGAUCACAUCCUUGCGACAGUCACAGGUGCGCAGGCGCUAGACGGGGUCGAACUGGCGCGGGCCAAGGGGAAAACCCUCAGCAGGAGUAAACUGAAUCAGGCCCUGACAAAGGAAUGUGACGAGGCAAUAAAGGAGUCUCAAGUCCUUUCGAACAAAGACUGCUUCUUGUGGAACUGGGACGUUAUCAAGUCCAUCCUAAAGAGUCGCCCGGAGUGUCUGAGGAAGUGUGAGGAGUCGCAGCAUCGUCAGUUCCUGCGCCGGCUGGUGCAGUUUGUACAACCAUCGUCACGCCAGAUGUCCAAGGUGGACUUCAGCAGUGAUCGGCGCACCGUCAACGCAUACACACUCACUGCGAUAGAACUGCUCAAUGUACUACUGGCUGCUGAUGAGCCACAAUCGGAAGGAGACCGGUUAUUGGUGGAGUUGAUGACCAAUGUGAAGACUCAGUUUGAGGCUAUCGUCACGUCAAAGUCGGCCCACGACUGUAUGUUCAGUCCUCAGGCUGUCGGCAACAGUUUGUGCCAAGACUACUUCCUAUUGGCCGGACACUUGACCAGGACCAAGCAAGGGUGUGAUCUGAUGGAAAGGCUCGGCAUUAUACAAGUGUUCCUCGUGUUGGCAACAACAUCCAAGCAUGAUUGUUAUGUGAAGCUGAUAAUAUCAAGUUUGGACUACUCUUCUGAUGAAAGGAUAAGGAAUAUAAUGGCCAGUACGCUGGUCAGCAAGCAAGUGUCGUCGCGGUUGUACGCCACAAAGUUUCUGAGAGUGUUGCUACGCACUCCUCUCGGCAAGCGCGAAGGUUACGCUCAGUGGGUGAUAGAGCUGUUGGCCAAUCAACUAAGUGACGAUAACCGGGCCGUUUCUCUGUGCGCGGUGGCAGCAUUGGACGAGGCCUGCGACUGCAAGGAUUACCUGGACGCCUUGAUAGAUCUGCGGCCGUCACUGCUUCACUUGGGAGACAAAGGACUUCUGUUGCUCGUUCGGUUCCUCUCCACAGAGAAGGGAUUCCACUACAUGAGUGAGGCAAACUUUGUGCCGAAUCAACUGGCAAAGUGGGUCAGGUUCAAUUACAAGUACGUGUGUAUAGUGGAAGGGGAGUUAGCCGAUGGGCUCACACUUGUGGAACGCAACGAGGACGGUCGCUACAGCUCUAGGCUGAGCAACAGCAAGCGAGUUCCUUCCGAUGUCUAUGUUCCUCCGCAUCUGUAUGGACAGCUAGCGCAACACACGCAAGGCCUGACAGCACUGCUGGCUGACGACAACGUCAACAAACUGGUGCAGGUGGUGCUGUCGGGUCAUUGCAGUACGGAUGCAGAGAUACUAGACCUAAAGGCGGCGCUGUGGGCGUUGGGUCACCUGAGCAGUAGUCCCGCAGGCGCAGUGUGGGCGCGGGCACAGUCCGUGACUAGGGCGAUGGUCCAGCUGGCCUGCAGCAGCCCUGUGUACUCAGUCAGAUCCACGGCCUUCCAAACCAUCGCACUCACGGCUACCAACACGGAGGGCGCCGACACACUUAGGUCUCUUGGUUGGCACACUGUGAGACACAACCGUAACCAGCAGUGGCCCGUGGUGGCGCCCCUGUCUCUACUGGAGGAUGCUUUGCUGCAAUACCAAGAGGAAAGAUACAGCACUAGGGACUCUAGUGAGAGCAAUGCUACCAACAUGGAGACGACAACAAGAAAUGGACUUUUCAUCCUGGGAGAGGACCCAUCAGAGGAGGCAGAGGGCAACCACUCAUUCUCAGGGUUUACAGCUCGCGAGAGAGUCGUGAGGGAGCGCAAGUCGGCGACAUUACCCCCAGGUGGCUCGUCCGCAUCCGCUUACGGCUACCACCACCGCAGCUACAGCGAAAGCAAAGCGGAUAGCGGCUCUGACAUCACAGACUUCAGCAGAGGUCACGACCAUUCUACCAGACUGUACUCGGAAAGCAGCACGAGUGGUGCUAGUUCCUGUGGAGACUCAUCCCAACCCCGCACAUAUAUCAGUGAGAGGAUAAUGCAUACCCUCAGCCCAAUACCCAGCACAGACUCAUUGUCCACUAUGAAGUCUCACCGCAGGAUGAGUGUAGCCUCGUCCCAAGGAGGUCAUAUGAGCCCUCAAGACGUAGUCGGCUACGCAGCACUCCGCAAUCUUCAACGCAGCAGACGACCGACAUUGUUCAGCUCCCCGCACUUUCCCACCGCAGCGUCGCUCACCCUCUCCCCUCUCUCGCCCAUUGAGCUCUUUGCAUUCCAGGAUUGGAAACAGAUGUCUCCGUUAGUUCGGCCAAAACAUCCUGACAACCAUCCGAUUGAGCCUCAGUUUGAAGUCACUGGUGUACAUUGCCCUUUACCUAGUGAUGCAGAAUCAACCCGAGGUCUACAUUAUGAGAGCAGCAGAGCGUGCAUAGCUCAGCCUCCGGAAGACGUUGUUGACGAAGAAAAUAGUGGGCCGUGCUAUCAAGGAAUUUGUUUGCCUCAAAACCUCCUCAGCCUGUUUCCUAAUGAAGGGAUUACAGUGAAAGCUCAGGAUCCUCAGCAGGACAACAACUCCACUACAGGGAUGGAUGUGAGCUCGUGUGAUAGUGAGACUGACACGGAGGGGGAGAGAGCCACCAAGUGCGUGCCACGGCGUCGGCGUCACGAGCGAGCCACCUGUCUGUUGUGCGCCGUGAGUCGUGUGGCCCAAACACAACAGCCGCGAUGGCGCAAGGUGUCAGCCAGUUCACAGCAUAGGACUCGUACAGAGACGGAGAGCAGUUAUGGAGGGGAGGGAGAGAGCCCAGUGGUGCUCCAAUGGCACAACAAAGUGGGGCUGGAGGGCAUCACAAGUGUCGACAGUUCCAGCACCGACAUCACAAGUGUAGCACAGAGGUCUCUAGGAGAGAGCUUCAAGAGUCGAUCAAUGGUGAGGAAGGAAAUACUGCGACUUGCUGAACAACUCUGCAAUCCUAUACUCUACAAGAGCUGCAAACAGGCUCUGUUACAGCUGAAGCAAGUGUACAGUGAUAUCUUCAACGACAUCUGUGUUUACUCGGAUGUUUGCGCUGUUAUGGCUUCCACCUCUCUCCGUGUGUAUGCCAGGAGAUUUCUACAAGAGCUCUUCCUUGACGCUCCUUUUUCAGAGAUAUAUGAAGAGCCAAACAAUUUGCUGAAUAAUCAAAACAACGCUGAUAAUGAUGAAGGUGUCUGCGGUGAUAAGGUGUCACUAGGUUCAGAAAUAUCUUCUAACGAAGACUACACAAUUGCAGAAACAAACAACUGGAAGACUUCGGGUCCGAAGAUGAACGGGUUUGACCCGGAACCUCGGUCGGGUGAGCUGGAGGUUAUCCCAGAGAGUGACGCACGCAGUGAGAGCAGUGAUGUGUGUCGGCUGAGUGGGGAGGGAGGGAGGGGCAGCGUCACCCCACUAGAGGACCACACUCAUCUCACAGUGUCUCGGAGCUCGCAGCAACUCCGCAAAGAGUUCUUCAAUGCAAACACAUCACCUGAGUCUAACUUUUUGUCCACUUCAGAGAAAGAUGUGGAAGUAAAAAGCAUGAAACUGGAUGAAAGUUUUGUCUCAAAAGUAGCCGAUUCUAUUACCAAAAGUCAGGGGAUGCUUGAAACCAAAUCAAGUCACCUAGAUGAAUCAGGGGCAGAAGUAGGCCUAGUUGUUAAAAUUGCUGUUCAGGCGGAAGAGAAAGUUGAAAGUGAAGAAAGUCGACCAAGUGUUGAUGGUGCUGCAGCGAGUGAAACAGUGGUGGUUUUGCUACCUGUUACUGUGAAAGUCCCAGAGAGAGUUGGUGAACAGGAAUUUCAGUAUUUGGAUAGUCAAACGGAAGGUCAAACAACUUCCAUGGGUAACACAUCAAAAAUCCAAAGUGAUUCCUUAAACAAAUCCAGCGAGAAAUCCAAAGGUGAUAAAACCAGUAGUAAAUCCUCAAAUCCAUCUUCCUCCCCACAAGAAUCAUCCGCAUCACGAAAUCUUAAAUCACCCUUGGCAAUGAAAAAAGGAAAGAAGAUUAACUCAAAAACGUCAAGUGUUCCUAUAAAAACAGACAAUCCCACAAGGGGUUCUACAGAACAAUCCACUGGACAAACCCCAGAAAACCUAAAUAAAAAAAGUGGGAGUGUUUCACCAAAGGUUAACAAUGAGUUGAAAAAUGAGUCAACUAUAAUUAAAAAUGAUGUUGCUAAAAUACAAGAUAAAACUCACGAUAUAUCAAAUGAUGGAACAUCCACGUCAAAAGGACCCACAAAGAAUAUAAAACUAAAAACAUCAGAUUCCUCUUCAAGUCCUGGGAAACCUCCCUCUGGGUUAGGAAGACAGCGGAAGAAAGCUAUGUCAAAAACACCCAAUUGAAUCAAACUUUUGUUUUGAAGAGGAAAAUUUUACAUAGGCUAAUGAAAAAGUAUGUCUAAUUCACAUCUGAAGAAAGAUUAACUACUAACAGGCUCAUUGUUUUAUGUUUACAAGAUUUUUUUGCUAUUUAGAGCACAGAAAACGUACUACUAU